AGAAUGUGACGACUUAUUGAGAAUUCGUACCCAAAAAAAAAAAUAGCAGAGAGAGAGAAAAGGAAGGUGAUGGUGGUGGUUGUGGUGGUGGAGAAGUAGUGGUGGCUUUGCCUUUUCCUUUUUUCUGUUAAUUGUUAAUUACCUUAACAUCGAUGUCGAAGGUGGUGUCGGUUUUUGUUGGAGUUUGAAGUGAUUCAUUCAUAUCCAUAUAAUGCAAAAGAUGCUAUGUAACAAGUAACACAAGGACACUUUGAAGCUUUUAGGGUUUCAAAAUUAAAUCUUAGCACAGAUAGAGAAGGAGUGGCUCUGAAGAUGACGGAUGUGAUCCUUCACGUUUACGAUGUAACCAACAGUGGUUCUGAAAAGACGAACAACACCAUAAUGCAGAUUAACAAGAUCUUCAAGGACGGUAUGGGUUUGGGAGGUAUCUUCCAUAGCGCAGUUCAGGUUUACGGAAAUGAGGAAUGGUCAUUUGGGUUUUGUGACCACGGCACAGGAGUUUUUAGUUGUCCUCAUAGUAAAAAUCCAAUGUAUACAUAUCGUGAAUGCAUUGUCCUUGGUAAGACAAACUUCCCCAUCUUCAAGGUAAACCAAAUUCUGCGGGAACUUAGCAGAGAGUGGCCUGGAAACUCAUAUGAUCUAUUAUCGAAAAACUGCAAUCACUUUUGUGAUGAGUUUUGUGAAAGGAUUGGUGUGCCAAAACUUCCAGCUUGGGUUAACCGGUUUGCAAAUGCGGGUGAUGCUGCUAUGGAAGUAGCUGGAAACACUGCAUUACGAUUCAGACAAGCAAAGACAGAGAUUGUAUCUGCUAGCAAAGUGGCAUACCGAUUCCUUGCUGGUGUUGGCUCCAACAUGUCUUUCACUCCGGAGUCCCCAAGCAAUUCCAACGGAGGCAGCCCCAGAUUCCAAGCCAGUUGGUUCAGAAACCUUGUUUCUUCUGUGGGCCACAAGCCUUUGGAUUCUGAACUCGAAAACCAGGCUGAAGACACCCUCCAACGGCAGCAACAACCGACUGAACAACUGCAUCAAAAUUCAAGGGGUGUCGUCUAAGAAGAUUGUGUGGCAUCAUUUGCUGCAAUGUACUAUGAUGACCAUAGGAUUGGUGAUUGGACUGUAAGCGAUGCAAAGUGGCCCUAGAGAGCAGAGAAAUGGUGGACUGGAAUACAUUCACUGCUUUCCUAAAUCUGCCGUUGCUAUGGUAGAGGCCUCCUACAGUGGAGACUUCUGCCCCAAAUGCUGCAGGAGCAACAUUGACCUUGUGACUCAUUCUGGCUCUAUGGUGUUGAAGGUGGAGAAAUUGAAUCCCCUUAUGUCUUGCAACUUGCAAGUGUUAGGAUCUGAACAAUAUGUAUGUGAGCAAGUUGACUUGGUUAUGAGAGACUUUUAUAGC